AUGUUUUUAAAAAAUAAUUUAUCAAUUAAGUAUUUACAAUGUUUAAAGUUGAAUAUAUCUUUAUUAAAUAAUCAAAAUAAUAAUUCAGUCAUAUGUAAAAGGUGUAAUUCGGUCAGUACAAAUUAUUACACUAAGGAUAUCAAAGAAAUAAAAUGGGCAGAUUUAUAUAACAUUGAGAAAAACCAAAAAAGAGGGAUAUGUACUUUGAAAAAAAAUCAGGCAAAAAAAAAGCAUAGAAAAGUUGGAUUUGCGCAACAGCUUAUAAUCCAAAAAAGAUUUAAAUACACAACUUUUGAUAUAGAAAAUGGCACAUUCUCUGAAGAUGUAAAAUAUGAAAAUAAAAACAAUGAAUGUGUAGAUGAAGAUUCAUCUGAAAGUUAUUGUGUAAACAGCAGGAAAGACAAUUAUCAGGGUGAAGAUAAAAGUGAUAAUGAUAAUUUUAAUGCACCUAAUGAAGAAAGUAAUUGCGCAUAUUAUGAGGAGAAUGCACAUAAUGAGCCGUUUGAAGAAGAACUCGAUGAUGAUAUUGAUUCGUUGUUAUUUACAAAUAAUCUGAAUUCAAGCUUUAUUGGAAACUUAUGGCAUGCUUCAGCAAAUAGUGUAUAUACUGAUGUUGAUAAAAACAUACUUAAUUCUAUUUCAACUACAAAAGAAUAUAAAAAAGGUGCAUGCCUUCAUGAAGAUAAAUUUUGUAAAGAUUCACUCCCUAAUGAUCUUAAUUCUAAUGAAAAUGAAUUCGAUCAUAUGAAAAGAAAGGAAAAUAAAAUAAAAAAAGUAGAGAACACAAAUUUAAAAAUUGAAAGGGAAGAAAACGAACUAGAGUAUGAAACAAAAUAUAAAGAUGGUGUAUUUGCAGAAAAUUUAGUUGGAUGUAUAGAAAGAAAUAAAUUAAAAAAAAAUGCAAUUUUAAGUAAUUCAAUUGUUAAGAAAAUAUACGAAGAAGAAAUGAAAGAAGCAGAAAAAAUGAAAGAGUAUUUUGAGAAAAACGAAGAAAAUUUAAUCAAAUAUAGAAAUUCAAUUUUAUGCAAAUUAAACAUAUCAAAAGAAUUGUCCAAAAAAUUUAAACAUUUAUCUAAAGAAACCAAUAUAUUCAAUAAUGAAAAAAGUAAAGAAGAAUACUAUAAAAAAGUAAUUUAUUCUCUUAAUUGUGAAAACCAGCAAGAACAGUAUAAUAAAAAUAGAAACAGUAAUAAUAAUAGAAAAGCCAAAAACUAUGAUAAAAUUGAAACAAUAAAAAUAUUAAACAUUGAUAGUAUUCCAUGCAAUGUUUUAAAUAAUCUAUUUGCUUAUAAAAUUGUAAAAAAUUGUAGCGCUGAAUUAUGUUUAAAAAUAAUAACUAGGUUAGGUAUGUAUAGAGACAAAUAUUCUCAAGUUUCUUACGAAAAUAUGAUUAAUUAUUUAAGCCAAGCAAUUACAAGUAGCCAGAAUGCAGAAAUUAUUUCGCUUUUUUCACGAUGUUAUGAAACAAUUAGUAUACCAUUUUUAGUAAAUUAUGUAAGAAAGUAUGGAACAUUCUCAAGAUCGUUUAUUGUUAAUAUGUAUGAUAAAUAUUUUAGAAAACGAUUAUUUGAUUUUGUAAGAUAUGAAAAUAAUAUGGGAAUAAGGAAAAUACCAAGUAUAUUAACCCAUCCGUAUCAUUUGUCAUCUUACAUUAAAUUAUUAGGAGAAUGCUCAGCUAAAAAAGAUAUGUACAUACAACUUAAAAUGAGAGGUCAUAUUCCAUAUUCACAAGAUUUUAAUGGCGAAAACAAAACGAGUGAGCUUAAUUAUUUGAUGGACCUAGAAGAUCAUUCUAAAACGAAAAAAAUUAAUAUAAAUUACAAUCGUAAUAGUAAUAAGUUGACCACGAAUAAUAAUACUGUUAAACGGCCAAAAAUAUAUGAUGCUAUUUUAUCAGCAGAGUAUACAGGACUUCCUCUUGAACAAUUUAUUGAAGAAGAACAACAAAAAUUAAUGCGUUCAUCUUUGAAAGUUGCACAGUUGGAAGAACAAUGUAAUAAUUUAAUACAAGAGACCAAUAAUGUGGGAUUGAAUAAAGAAGAAAUAGAAGAAGAAUAUGAUGAAAAUAAUUAUACAAAUCGAAAAGAAUCCCAAGAAAACAAUACCGAAGCAAAUAGUAUAAUAGGUAAAGAAACACACAUAGAACUGUGUAAUGAUGAAAUCGAAACGAAUAUUAAUUUCAAAAAUAAUGAAAAGACAGCCGAUAAAAAAUCAAACGAGCGUGUAAACUUUAUUCUAGAUGACAACUGUGAUAUUUAUGUUUACAAAGGAUUUAAUAAAUUAAAUAAAUCGUCGUUUAAGUUACAAACAACCCUAGUGAAAUAUGAGAAAGAGCAAGAAAGUAACAUAGCUUUAUAUUCAAAUAGAGAUGAGAAUUUUGAAGAAGUUGAUAAUGAGCAAAACAAUGAAGCAUUAUGGGAUCUACCGUGGAAAACUAGAAGAAAAAAUUCCUUUUUUUUCAAGGGACGGUUUUUUAAAAUAUUGCCCGGUAAAGGAUGGACUGAUGUUAAAGAUAUAUCAGAAAAAUAUAUAAGACCAAGAAGGAAAAGAAAAAAACAUUUUAUUCGAAGACAAAAAGUUUUACAAAAAAAAAUAAAAAUUAAUUUGUUUAAAAAAAAAGUUUUAGAAAAAUGA